UUAAACAUCAAACAAUCAUAUUUUUGCCGUAGCGGCGUUACAACAUUUACUGUAGAGUGAGACUCCAUACCAGCUCUGUCCCUUGGGUUCUGUGUACCGUUUUUCUCUGUAUUGUGAUUUACCGGGUCCUUUGUCGUCGAUGUUAGGUGAACGAACGUAGAAUUUAGUGAGUCCAUUGUCACCGAACGAAUUCCAAAGAAAAGAACAAAAUUGUACCCCGUAACUUAAGAUAACACGCUCGUGAAAGUUAACAAAAUUUUACCAGUGCUAAACACGGAUCGAAAAUAAAGUUUUUGAAGUGUGAAUCUCAAUAGUACGGCUGGCUGGCGCUGAAGAUUGCUUUCGUCGUCACUUGCAGCAGCAGAAAUCGUGCUAUUUGAACGGAUAAAAUUACUGUUGGAGAACGCACCGCGAAGAAACGGAAUAUUUGCGCGAAUAACUGCACAAAGGCGAAAGAGCCCAUAGAGGGAAAAAAAGUGAUCAACAUCAUUCCAUCCAUUCCGUGGCGGAAGAAGACUCGGACAAUUUGCUGAGCCUGCAAGAGCAUAGUGUAGUAACUCUGAAGUUGCUAUAGAAACAGCGAGACGAAUUAAGUAGAAAACAACUUCUGGAACACCGCCAUCGGCAAGAAGACGACCGUAGAAGAUAUUUGCAUCAGCAGCAGCAAACAGCGGCGCCAAUAUGAAUGGCUCAAGUUACGAGAUCAACACUAACGGUGAUAUUUUGUCACAAAACCAGCAGAAAGGUUGGUGGACCAUUGGGCUUAUAAAUGGACAGUUUAAGUAUAUGACGGCCGAAACGUUCGGCUAUAAACUGAAUGCUAACGGAGCUAGUCUGAAGAAGAAGCAGCUGUGGACACUGGAGCCAUCCAACACCGGUGAAAAAUGCUGGCAACCUGGUGCCAAUCCAAAGUCAGACGAUAAAGGUGUUAUUUAUCUCAAGUCACACUUGGGUAGAUAUUUGUCGGUGGAUACGUUUGGUAAUGUACUGUGCGAGUCGGAGGAUCGUGACGCCGGAAGCCGAUUCCAGAUCAGCAUUGCCGAUGACAACUCGGGCCGAUGGGCUUUGAAAAACGAGCAGCGAGGUUACUUCCUUGGGGGAACGCCCGAAAAGCUAACUUGCACUGCCAAAGCACCCGGUAAAGGAGAAUUCUGGAGCGUGCAUCUCGCUGCUAGGCCACAGGUUAAUCUACGCUCCGUUGGCCGCAAGCGCUUCGCUCAUCUAUCGGAGUCACAAGAUGAGAUUCAUGUCGAUGCCAACAUCCCAUGGGGCGAAGAUACGCUCUUCACGCUGGAGUUCCGCGCCGAUGAAGAGGGACGAUACGCACUGCACACAUGUAACAAUAAAUACCUCAACUCGAGUGGCAAAUUGGAAACCAAAUGUACCGAUGAUUGUCUCUUCAGCGCCGAAUAUCACAGCGGACAUUUGGCUCUGCGCGAUCGGCAUGGACUGUAUCUAUCGCCGAUUGGCUCGAAGGCUGUGUUGAAAUCACGCUCGCAGACAGUUACCCGUGAUGAGCUAUUCUCCCUCGAGGAUUCCCUUCCUCAGGCAUCGUUUAUCGCAGCACUUAACAACAAGUAUGUUUCGGUGAAGCAAGGCGUCGAUGUCACCGCCAAUCAGGAUGAAAUCGGGGACAACGAAACAUUCCAACUGGAAUACGACUGGUCGGCACAUCGUUGGGCACUGAGAACCACUCAGGAAACCUCUCGCUCUUCCCAGGACCGAUACUGGUGCCUCUCGACCGGUGGUGGCAUUCAAGCCACGGGAAAUCGUCGCUCGGCGGAUGCUUUGUUCGAGCUGGAAUGGCACGGAGAUGGGGCGGUAUCGUUCCGCGCCAACAAUGGAAAACUGUUGGCAACCAAGCGUUCAGGACAUCUGUUUGCAACGGCUGAGCUAGUUGAGGAUACCACUAAGUUUUACUUCUACUUGAUCAAUCGUCCGAUUUUGGUGCUCAAGUGCGAGCAAGGAUUCGUGGGAUAUCGUGCACCCGGAAGUAACAAGCUCGAAUGCAACAAGGCUGUCUACGAAACAAUUCUGGUCGAACGUGCGCAGAAAGGUGUUGUAUACUUUAAAGGUCAAAACGGCAAAUACUGGAGAAUCGACGGUGAAGGAAUUGCUGCCGAUUCUGACACUCCCGUCGAUGGAUUCUAUAUUGAAUUGCGCGAACCGACACGUAUUUGCCUGCGUUCGCAUGAUGGCCGAUACCUUGGUGCCACCAAGAAUGGCACAUUCAAGUUGGUCGAUACCGGUUACGAUACCGCUACUCAGUGGGAAUACUAAGAAGUCAUAGGUCAUAAACCACAGCUUACCGAUUUAGGUACAGACGCACGUGAAGUUUUGAGCAUAGCCAGUUACUCUUCUCAUACUAGUACACCAAGUAAAAUAAAAAAAUCGGAAGAAGAAAAAACGCAGAACGUUACAAAUGCAAUCAACCUCUCUUUCUCUUUUAGAAGGACUUUGAAAUUUUAUUUGUAAAUUUGAUUUUACUGCGUUUCUUCAAAAUCAAAGAAUAUUUUAUAGAAGAAGCCAAUAAAGAACAACUCAGAGGAUGAAGUGUUCGAUAGGACAAAAAAAUAUGAUAAAAAGUAAUACUGAAUGAUACUAUCAUUUCAAGACGACGCAUCUUAUGAUGCAUGCGUAUAUUUAUUGCAAUAAUCAUACAUCAAAAACUAAAUUAGUUGUAGUACUUAGUAAUUAUUGGAAAAUAAGGCAACCUAUCAUUAAUGAAAAAAAGUAAACGAACAUACGGCGUAACUUAAUAACGUUUUUUCUUCAUGCUUCUAUCCUUCUUGAUAGAUAUGCAGAGUAUGCCAAAAACAAACUAAGCGCACUACUUUCAAAAGUGACUCAUUAAAAUCACAAAAUUUCUCACUGGUCUUGUUAUAUUUUUACGAACAAAAUCAUCCGAUCAUGAAACUGCUCUCACUCUCUUGCAAAAAAAAACAUUUGAAAGCGUUUUCGUCGCACAACAACAACUUGACUAGCUCGGUAGCGUUUGAGUUCCUCAUUGAUAAACAAACACACAAACAAAAACCAGAACUGUCCCAAUAAAUCUGAAACUGCCAACAGCCACAAAAUAGGUCAUCAAAUUCAAUAGAAACAGUAAAAAGCACCAACAAUCCUAAAUAAGCUACCGCAAUGAACAAUUAAUGGCGACACGCAACAAAAAUUAUCAAUAAUUUGUAAAAUAUUUAUCUAGACUUUAUUAUUUUUUUCUGCGAACCAUGAAUAUUUCGUUAACAGUGAGUGUAAAUUAUUUAUUUAAAGUGAUUAUACAUUUAUCGAGUCUUGUGUUUAAACAAUUCGUAUCUAGAUGCACAAUGGAACAUUGUGAGCCACGAAUCGGGCAGUGACUAAACUAAACUAAUCACAAGCGUACAGUACUUUUUAUGGAUUCAAACGCUAAUUGAAAUAUUUUAUGACGAAUUUAUAAGAAGGAUACAAUAUACAAAUAUAUGUCAAAGUAUGUGUGUAAUCAAAUCGAAUAAAAAUAAAUAUCAAUAAAAUCAAA